AUGAAAAUAUUUCACAUAUCUCCAAGCAGAAAAUUUGCUAUUUAUGUCCCAAAGCCAUUUGAAUUAUCUAAAGAAAUCACCAAAGCACGUCGCUCGUUUGAAGAAUUUAAGAAUAAACAAAACGCUUGUGACUCAACAUUGACUGUUGGAAACUUGAAAUUCCAUUCGAAUGGAGUUUUGCUGUCUCGAGUUGAAAAGCUGCAAGAUUAA